CUAGGAAGAAUAAGAAGUCGUUUUCAAGCUAUUUCAAGACACUUGUGCUUAGGUGGUCAGAACCUCUACGAGACUUGUCUUCUUGAAGUUCUUCUUGUCAACAGAACUUUACGGAGCAGAAGGUAAAGUACGCUAAAUUUUAGAAUGGCCGGCGUCUUAUUCACAAUCACUUAUUACUUUAUUUCCAAUUUUGGGAGAUGUAUCUGAAUAACAAGGUGUGUACGCAUUAUAGACCUUGUCACGGUUUUCGACGCCAUCUCUGUAUGAGUAUCUAAUGUCGAAUGACUUCCGUAAGACGGCUGUUCUGAAAAAAAAAAAAAAAUUGAAUUGUAAACUAAAGCUACAAAUUUUCAGACGUACUGGUGCUUAAAUUUCUCCAGAGGCUUGCAUUAGAUUUUCUAUAUAUUUGUUGGUAAUUUUUCCCGGGACUUCCUUACAGACAAAUGUAUAGAAAUUUUAUUAAGUGGUUUGAGGUCUUCUAACGCAUGUAACGCCCUAAAAUUUUUUUUCAGGAGAAUCCUUAGGAGUGAAGCUGUAGUUUAUAAUUCAUAUUUUUUCAGAACAGCCGUUCUAUGGAAAUUAUUUGACAUAAGAUUCUCAUACAACGUUGUAAUUUCUCACGCAUUGCCUACUCAAGAUGGCGUGGAAAACCUUGACAAGGUCUAUUAA